CGAAAAAAAAGCACUUUCUAUUGAGGAAUUUUCAACCUCAAAGAAUUCUCACACUACAAAAUUUCCAUACAAAGUCUCUCUUCAUCUCUCUGUCUUUGCUGAUUUUAAUAAAUCUCUUUUGUGUGGGAAAGUUUAUUUUGAAGCUUUUAAUCAGUUCCAAUGGCGGAUGAUGAAACAUCAUCUUCCUCAAUUUGUACCAUAAAAAUGAAUAUCAACUGCUGUCAAAAGUGCCCUUUAAAGCUAGAGAGGAAGCUCCUCAAAUCAAAUGGAGUGGAAUCCGUUGCCAUAAACCAACACAAAGGGCUGGUAACAGUGAUAGGUGACAUUGACCCUAUUGUGCUCUUACAAAAAAUACAAGCAAUGGGCAAAGAAGCCAAGCUCUGGUUCUUUCAAAAGGAAUCUGACCGCGACGACUGUUCGAAGAGUGCUUUGAAGAUAGAACAUGACAGCAUUGAAUCUGAUAGUAACAAUGAAGAUGACAACAAACUGUUUGAUUGGCAUUCACAACACAAGUGUGUAACAGAAACAAUACAAAUGAAGGAAGCUACGUCUUCUGAUGUUCAUUCGUGUUCGUAUUCACAGAGCCUGCCGCCUCCUUUGUUUUCUAAUGUCCAUGCAUAUCCGCAUUCUCGGAGCUUGCUGCCUGCUAUGUCUUCUAAUGUUCAUGUGUAUUCGUAUUCUCGGAGUUUGCCUCAAUUUGGAUACCAAACUGGGUGGCCAUAUCAGCAAUCAGUUCCUGGCCAUACAUUCACACCUCACAGUUCCUACUUACAACCACAUCCGCCGCCACCUGCUUAUCAUUAUUUUCAGCAUCGAUCUCCCCCUCGAGAUAAUCCUAUGGUGCAUUAUACUGACUACAGAGACAAUUAUAGGUUCUAGUUAAGUUCAAAUGACAUUAUACUAAAGUUUUCCUCUUUGUUGCAAAACAAAUGUCAGUCUAAUGAAAGACAAUCUUUUGAUGGAAGAAACUUAUGAAAAUACAUAUAUUUGGCUACAA